AUGGCCUCUCCCGCCAGAAAAUCACCUCCCUCCAUAGCAACGACACCCCCAACCGCCGUCCUCCUCCUCUACCCCAUCACAUUACUAGUGGGAUCACUAUUCUCAAUCAUCUCGCCAACAGCGCAAGGCUCCCGAGAUCGCCCACACGAGCACGUCGACGCCCUCGCCGCAAGCACACCCAAUCCCGUCAACUACUUCGCCCGCAAAAACAACAUUUUCAACCUCUACUUUGUCAAAAUCGGCUGGCUAUGGACGACGCUCGCGUUUGCGUCGCUGCUUGUCUCGCAGAAGGCGUACACGGCCCCGAGUAGCCAGCGCUCGCGCAGAGUCGCGCAGACGGCGCUGCGGUACUCGCUCGCGACGGCAGUGUGGUAUCUCACGACGCAGUGGUUUUUUGGGCCGCCGAUAAUCGACCGCGGGUUUGUGGUUACGGGGGGGAAAUGCGAGAGGGCGGUGCAGAAGGUUUUGGCGCCGGAUACGCCGGUUUCGAGUCUUGAGACGCUGUUUACGGCUAGUGCUUGUAAGGCUGCAGGGGGUGUUUGGGCUGGUGGGCAUGAUGUGAGUGGGCAUGUGUUUAUGUUGGUUUUGGCGACGGCGAUGUUGGGGUUUGAGGUUUGGGGGGUUGUCAUGAAUGGUGCUGAGGCUAUUGAGAAUGGGGGUAAGGAGAAGAAGGAUGGUGAGGGUGAGGACGAGGGUGAGCAGGGGGUUUUGAGUGUUUGGUCAUUGCGGUUUGCUGGGGGUGUUGCUGGUUUGGGAUGGUGGAUGCUUUUUAUGACUUCGAUUUGGUUCCAUACGUGGUUGGAGAAGUGGACUGGUCUGUCUAUCGCAUUGGGCACUUUGUAUAUCAUAUAUAUCCUUCCGAGGACUGUUGCCCCAUGGAGAGAUAUCGUGGGAACCCCGGGAGUAUAA